AAGAAGAAGAAGAAGAAGAAGAAGAAGAAUAAUAGGAAGAGACAAGUGAGAGAGAGAUCAGUCUUUGAGAUGGGAAGUUUAGGAGAAGAAGAUCUAGAGAAGCUUGUGCUCGACUAUAUCGAGUCAUCUCCCAUCACCAUCUCCGAUCAUAUGGACAACAAGUCUUCAUCAGCUCUUAUCAAUCUUCAGGAGAUUCUUGGAGAAAAAAGAGAAGAGGAGAAGGAGAUGGAAGAGAAGAUAGAGUCGUUUAUGAUGAUAAAUAGUUUAUCAUACGAAGGUGACGAUGAGAAGAGAGAUGUCAUGAAUAAGAUUGUCUCUGAACUUAGAUCUGACGGCUACGAUGCUUCAUUCUCCAAAACCUCAUGGGACUCUUCUUUUGAUCAUCGUGAAGGGUGUAGAGUGUUUAGGUGCACGAGGACGUAUGAGUACAUUGACGUCAUGGUGAAAGGUGAUGGCGACGGGGAUGACUUGAGCAAGCUGAGACGUGUGAUAGUUGAUCUAGAUUUCAAAUGUCAGUUCGAGCUGGCGAAACAGACAAAAGCUUACAAAGACAUGACCGAGUUGCUUCCGACAGUGUUCGUGGCGACAGAGGAAAGGCUCAGGAGAGUUGUUUCGUUGGUCUGUGGUGAGAUGAAAAAGUCGAUGAAGAAAGAAGGGAUGUCUAGGCCACCGUGGAGGACUUCGAGGUACAUGCAGUCCAAAUGGCUACCUGAGAAUCGUCGAAGAGUCUCUCGCUGUAAGAAAGGGUCUUGGUCUUGGUCUGCGUUUGAUGAUGGUGGCGGUGAAGCCGCUAGGAGCUGGUCAGUGAAUGGUAGUAAUUCGAAAACUAAGUGUUGUUUUCCUAUUUUCUGAGAGGAAUGCGCAGCGUUUUUUUGUUUUAAAAGUAAAACAAUUUGAUCGGAGUUGUUGUUUUUUGUUUGUUUGUUGGUUCGUAUGAUUAUUCCUUUUUUGGGGGGUGUUCUUGAAAUUAAUUGAUUUUGAAUUUGCCAAGAAAGAAAAAAAACAAGUGGGGGCUUAAGUUGUUGUGUCAGGUUUUUUAUGAUGCAAUAUAUAUUUGCAUCUUCUACCUGUAUCGAUAGCUCUGAUGGGAUAUAUAUUUAUAUAUGA